CAAAAACCCUCUCGAAGUCACCCUUUCUCUCGUGGAUUCUUCCCCAAGGAUUCCCGUCUCGUCUGCCGCCGGUUAGUAUUUGCCCUAAUAGAGAGAGAGAGAGAGAGAGAUCUGUUCUUGAAAGGGUCGGAUCGCAACGGGAGAGAACCAAUGGGAAGGGUUGCUCACGGUCUCAUCGCUCGAUCCCUUCUCCGCCGCAACCUUGCUCCUCCCCCCUUCUCCUCCUACGCCGCCGCCGCCGCCGCCACCGCCCAGCGGACGGUCCCAAUUGCAUCUUCCUGCGGCACCGCCUCUGAUGUUGCGACCUCUCCGAGGCCGAGAUGGCGGUUGUUCUCUCUCCCGGUUGCGCCUUCGAGGUCCGUCUCUGUCGGCCUGGCCGGAGCUCUCUCCUUCUCCUUGACUCUUGUGACGGCGGCCGAGGCGAAGGAGCCUCCGUCCCCCGAGCUGAUCCCCAAGGAUGUCGUCCUCUACCAGUACGAGGCCUGCCCCUUCUGUAACAAGGUCAAAGCUUUUUUGGACUAUCAUGAUGUACCAUACAAAGUUGUAGAGGUCAACCCUCUCAGUAAGAAGGAGAUCAAGUGGUCUGAUUAUAAGAAGGUUCCCAUACUGGUUGUGGAUGGAGAACAGCUAAUUGAGUCAUCAGAUAUAGUUAAAAAAUUAAGCCAGAGGUUCCGUCCUGAGAAUUCCGUCAUUGAUGAGGAGGAGACAAAAUGGCUUAGGUGGGUUGAUGAUCACCUGGUGCAUAUGUUGUCACCAAAUAUAUACAGAACUACUUCUGAGGCGCUGGAAUCCUUUGAUUACAUAGCCAAGCAUGGAAACUUUAGCAUGACAGAGCGGUUCACCGUGAAAUAUGCCGGAGCGGCAAUCAUGUACAUGGUGUCCAAGAAGCUGAAGAAGAAAUACAACAUCACCGACGAGCGUGCUGCGUUGUAUGAAGCUGCACAAACAUGGACCACAGCACUUGAUGGCAGAGAUUUUCUUGGUGGUGCAAAACCCAACUUAGCAGAUCUUGCUGUCUAUGGUGUGCUGAGGCCAAUUAGAUAUCUGAAGGCUGGUAAAGAUAUGGUGGAUAACACUAAGAUUGGUGAAUGGUACCAAAGAAUGGAAAUUGCUGUUGGAGAGUCAUCAAGGAUUGCAGCCUAAUAUGCAAAUUGGUUUAUUGCCAACUGAUUUUGUUAAGGGAAAGCACAGAAUUCUUUUCAGUCCUUCCUUGCAGUAGUUUUUUUUUUUCUUUAUGAUUAUGUUUUACAGAAGCCAAAACCAGUUUUGGAAAACAGUUUGCCAGGUAUAAAUUGAGAGACUUAAUGGGGAGAUCUUAUUGUUUCUCUGCCAGACAGGAAUAUCAAUCUUGUUUCAUUUAAGAAUAAUCUCGAUUUGUAUGGUUUAUGUAUUGAGGUCGUUUCUCUGCCAGACAGGAAUAUCAAUCUAGUUUCAUUUAAUAAUAAUCCAUAUUUGUAUGGUUUAUU